UUACCAUCAUGGACAGGGAGGCGUACCGUAACUGCUGCAGCCUGGUGAAAAUACCAAGACAAUCCUAUGAACAGUUUUGGUCUUCACAUUUUGUAGAUUACAUCGACAAGGAGCUGAGCUAUUCUAAAUUUUUCAAGAAAUACUUGCUUCCCAAUCACCCAUGUAUGUUUUCAAGAAGGUUUACAGAGGACUGGAAGUGUAGAAAACAGUGGGUGUCUGAGGACGGGAAGCCUAAUUUCCAGAAGCUGUUGCAAGAGUUUGAUGAGACUCCUGUUCCUGUUGCAAACUGCAAUGCAAAGGAGUACAAUGCCAACCCUAAACAAGUUAUGCCUUUCAAAGAAUUUAUACACUACUGGAAGGAAUACAUCCAGAAUGGCCACUCAUCACCUAAAGGAUGUCUCUAUCUUAAAGACUGGCACAUGUCAAGGGACUUUCCAGAACAUAAUGUUUACACCACACCAGUCUUCUUUUCUUCUGACUGGCUUAAUGAAUACUGGGAUACACUUGAAGUGGAUGACUACCGGUUUGUCUACAUGGGACCCAAAGGCUCAUGGACCCCGUUCCACGCUGAUGUGUUCCGCUCCUACAGUUGGUCUGCAAACAUCUGUGGCAGGAAGAAGUGGCUCCUGUAUCCCCCAGGUCAGGAGGAGUUUUUACGAGACACUCACGGCAACCUCCCUUAUGAUGUAACAUCAGCUGAACUUCGAGACAGAGGCCUUUUUCCACACUCCGAAGAAGCCUGUCAGCCUCUUGAAAUUAUUCAAGAGGCAGGUGAAAUCAUUUUCGUUCCCAGCGGCUGGCACCAUCAAGUUUAUAAUUUGGAGGACACCAUCUCUAUUAAUCAUAACUGGUUGAAUGGCUGCAACAUAGACAUCAUGUGGCAGUUCCUUCAGAAUGAGCUAUCGUCUGUUCAAAAAGAGAUAAAUGAAUGGAGAAACAAGAUGGACUCGUGGCAUCAGCACUGCCAGGUCAUCAUGAAGGCCUGCUCUGGUAUCAACUAUGGGGAAUUUGCCUCGUUCCUGAAAAUCAUUGCUGACAACCGAAUGGCUUUCCUGAAUGCUUGUUCCUCUGGGGAUUCUUCAGAUUACCCACGACAUCUCUCAGAGACCCUCACCAUACUUGGACCUUACCAUGCUGCCUUUGACCUACAAAGAGUGGCUCACAUAAUUGAAUGCCUCCUCUGCAAUGAAGACUUUAAGCGGCUCGAUCAUUCAUCUUUGACUUUGCAACCAGAAGCCAUGUUACAGCAAAUUCGGGACACCAUACAAUCCACAAGGGGGCAGCAUCUCCUUUAUCAGGAGUAAGAUGUUCAGCUGUGUCUCAACAAUGUAAUAAUCACCUGGAAAUAGCUUGAAGGAAAAGUGCCAAUUUCUACGGUGCAACAACAGUUGAUGAUAAAGGUGUUGGUUUAGCAAUCUCUAAUGUUGCUUGGGAAUGUUUGGAAUUUGUUUUUGCACUGAAAGAAGAAAUGAAUUAAUAAACAAAUACACCAGUUGA